AUAAGAUAACGAAAUAGAAAUUGGUCAGACUUGACUGCGAUAUAAUCUUCUCGUGACAUUACCAGAACUAUGUACUAUGUAAAGGAAAUACUCAUAUCAGCAUUGCUUAUAUGCUAUUCUACGACCACAACAAAAGCAUGCCCUGGCGGAUGGAUACAGGGACCAAUAGCCUGCUAUUUCCUAAGUAAAUUUGGUGGAACAUGGGCAGAUGCAAACAGUGUUUGUCAGGGAUUUCUUGGCAAAUUAGCAGAACCAAUCGAAGAAGAAUCUUUUCAAUUCCUCUCUGGCGCUUCGAAAAACGAAACCCCACACAAUGGACAAUUCUAUCUUGGGGGAAGCGAUAUGUUUGUGGAGGGAAUAUGGGAGUGGUCUACGACUAAAACCCAAAUAUACAAAAACCAUUGGUACCCUGGAAAUCCGAGUGACUCAAACCACAACGAGGAUUGCCUGGCGCUUAAUGGGGGAAUCCUUAACGACGUACCGUGUACAUCCUCCUACUCGUUCAUCUGCCAACUUGAGAGAGAUGAGGCGGUUGAACAAGUCAUAGGAUGAUAACGGACCAAAAGAGAUUUGUCUUCAUCGUCAAUAAAACUAUCUUGUGCGCUUA